AUGGCAUCAUUAUUAGGUGCCGACUACUACUCCAGCGACGAUGACGCCACAACACCCCAGGUCGCAACGGCGACCCCAGCGACCAAGGUCGUCGCUGCGCCCGAAGUGAACACAGAGGAUCCAGUGCACAUGCAGAUCAUGCUGGCUAACACCACGUCCAACGCCCUCACUUACAACGCAACAUAUGACGAUCUCUCACGACCGUCGCAAGGGCCGGCGAACCCCUUCAAGCCAGCCGGCUCUGCCGGCGGCCUGAAACGCAAAAACGUCCCGACCGGAUUCGCCGAAGAGGCCGCCAUCAGCGAGGCAACGUUCGCCGCGCAGCACCGCACAUUCCAGAGUCUGGGAUACACGCGAAACCCCUCGGCGCCGGACCAGUUUGUGGGGAAUUUGAACAGUGCGGCAGAACAUGGAGGCCGAGACGUGAUCCAGAUGAAGCCGUCCAAGGAGGUGUCUGCGGCGCUGCGCGCCAAGCGGCAGAAGAAGGGCGACCCCAGCAUCGUCGAGGGCGAGGGCGCGUAUCUGGGACCCUGGGCGAAGUACCAGGACGACGACCGUGUCUACGAGGAGGAAGCCGCCUUGGCGGGUCAGGAGCUGGGAACGGACGAGGAGUUCGUGGAGGAGGACGAGGAGCUGGCGCCGGCACACAUGCCCGCCAUGAGCAAGGCGGCGACCGAAUACCAGGACGACGCGUCCAAGGUGGAAACGACCGAAUUCCACGGCAGCGAGCAAUUCGACUAUCUGGGACGGACGUACAUGCACGUCCCGCGGGACCUGGACGUCGACCUGGAAAAGGAGGUCGGCAGCAUCAAGAAUUAUGUGCCCAAGAAGCUCAUCCACACCUGGAAAUCGCACACCAAGGCCAUCACUUCGCUGCGCUUCUUCCCCACCUCCGGCCACCUGCUUCUCUCGUCCGCUGCUGACGGCAAAGCCAAGAUUUGGGAUGUGUAUCACUCCCGGGAGCUCCUGCGGACCUUUUCGGGCCACUCCAAGGCUAUAACCGACACGGACUUCCACCCGUCCGGCAAGACCUUCCUGACAGCCUCGUACGACCGCCAGAUGAAACUCUGGGACACCGAGUACGGCAAGUGCAUCGCACGCUUCUCCACAGGCAAGACACCGCACGUCCUGCGCUUCAACCCGGGCGCCGACCACUCCCACGAGUUCCUGGCCGGCAUGUCCGACAAGAAGAUCGUGCAGUUCGACACGCGCUCCGGCGAGCUGGUGCAGGAAUACGACCACCACCUGGCGGCCAUCAACACCAUCACUUUCGUCGACGAGAACCGCCGCUUCAUCUCCACCUCGGACGACAAGUCCCUGCGCGCCUGGGAGUACGGCAUCCCCGUGCCCAUCAAGUUCAUCGCGGAACCGUACAUGUUCGCCCUGACGCGCGCGGCGCCCCAUCCAAACGGCAAGUAUGUCGCCUUCCAGUCCGGCGACAACCAGAUCGUCGUGUACGGCGCCACGGACAAAUUCCGGCAGAACCGCAAGAAGAGUUUCCGCGGCCACAAUAACGCCGGGUACGCUGUUGAUGUGAAGAUCUCGCCCGACGGCCAGUUCGUCGCGUCCGGUGACAGCGGCGGCUACGUCUGUUUCUGGGACUGGAAGACGGGCAAGAUGUACCAUAAGAUCAUGGCCGGUGGGAAAGAGGGCGGUGCCACCACGUGUCUGGACUGGCAUCCCCAGGAGACGAGUAAAGUGGUUACGGGUGGAUUGGAGGGCGUCAUCAAAUACUGGGAUUAA